GCUGGGCUGACGCUGCUGCGCUCUGCCCCAGGUCCACCUGCAGACACAGCAGGAGGUGAAGAUGCGGAUGAUGGGGAUGGCGAUGCACGUGAUCCGCACCGACGGCUUCCUGGCUCUCUACAACGGGCUCAGCGCCUCGCUGUGUCGGCAGAUGACGUAUUCCUUGACUCGCUUUGGCAUCUAUGAGAGUGCGAAGAACCACCUGGGCAAGGGCAAACAGGGGCCUCCCCCCUUCUACCAGAAAGUGCUCUUGGGUGCAGCAGGAGGUUUCGCUGGCGGGUUUGUGGGGACCCCAGCAGACAUGGUGAACGUCAGGAUGCAGAAUGAUAUGAAGCAGCCGCCGGCUCAGCGGCGCAAGUGAGUGAGGGGCCGGGG